AUGCAUAUAAUUCUAGGUCUUCGAAUAGAGGAUGAUGCUCUCAUGAACCUCUGCUUAACUGAAAUUGAGAAACUUCUCCACUGCAAUGGGAGGUCACUUAAAGAAUUUCCAUGUAUGUCAUAUCCCAGAUUUUCUGAAACUCUACAAUUUGAAAACACGUUUGUUGCUGACGAGUUGAAUUACAGUAAACAAGAAAUGCGCGAUACACAUGAAGCACUGUUAAAGUCUUUGACUGCUGAGCAAUCUAAAGUGUAUAAACAAAUAAUGAGUUCAGUUUUGUCCGACGAUGGAGGGUUUUAUUUUCUAUAUGGAUUUGGAGGUUCGGGGAAAACAUUUGUGUGGAAUACAUUGUCUUCAGGUUUAAGAUCACAAGGACUCAUUGUUUUGAACGUGGCAUCAAGUGGUAUUGCUUCUUUGUUGUUGCCUGGAGGAAGGACUGCUCAUUCAAGGUUUUCUAUUCAUAUAUCAAUUAAUGAUAUAUCAACAUGUAAUAUCAAGCAAGGAUCUCAAAAGGCUGAAUUACUUCAAAAGACAAGUUCGAUCAUAUGGGAUGAAGCACCAAUGUUGAACAAACAUUGUUUUGAAGCAUUAGAUAAAACUUUGAAUGACCUCAUGAAAACCCGUUUGAAUUUUGGUUAUGAUAAACCAUUCAGUGGUAAAGUUGUGGUCUUGGGAGAAACCAGGGAGUUUGCAGAAUGGAUUCUACAAGUUGGAGAUGGUACGGUGAACACAAUUGAUGAUGCUCAAACAAUGAUAAAAAUACCUCCAGAUUUGUUGAUAGAAAAAUCAGAUGAUCCUAUACUUAGCAUGGUGAAUUUUGCUUAUCCUAAAAUGAUUAACAACAUGAAAAAUCAUUCAUUCUUUGAAGAAAGAGCAAUUUUGGCACCAACCCUUGAGAGUGUUGAGCAUGUCAAUAAUUUCAUGUCUUCUAUGGUUCCUGGUGAUGAGAAGGAAUAUUUGAGCUUUGACAUUACAUGGAAAAUUCCAAACCACAAACUUAAUUUGAAGGUUGGAAUUCCAAUUAUAGUUCUUCGGAAUAUAGACCAGUCUAUUGGUUUAUGUAACAGAACUCGCUUGAUAGUAACAGAUUUGACCAAAAAUGACAUUGCAACAUCAAUUCUAAUAGGUAAAAAGAUGGGAGAAAAAGUUUUAAUCCCUCGAAUGAACUUAAUACCAUCUGACCCUGGUUUGUCGUUCAAAUUCUCAAGACGGCAAUUUCCUGUCACAUUAUGCAUUUCAAUGACUAUAAACAAGAGUCAAGGUCAAUCAUUAUCUCAUGUUGGCUUAUAUCUGCCUAGACCAGUUUUCACUCAUGGCCAGCUUUAUGUUGCUCUCUCAAGAGUGAAGUCAAGAAAAGGGCUGAAAUUAUUGAUUUUAGAUGAUGAAGGAAACCUCUCAAACGCAACAAAGAAUGUUGUAUACCAAGAAGUGUUUGACAACAUAUAA